CUCCGGUUUCACUCCGGUUUGUGUGGUCUGUUCUCUUCACUUCGGGGGAAUCUCAGUGUGACUCGGACACUUGUUGAGGAGCUAACCGCUAGCGAGGCUAACGAGGCUAACCACUUCCUCCGGCAGCUCCAGCCCCACACACGGUGCUCCCGCUCCGGGGGUUCGAUGCUGAGCGAGGCUCGGCACUGUGGUAAAGUGAGUCUGUCCGUGUUGUGAAGUGACAGCAGCUAAGCUAACUGAGCUAGCUGCGUCUCUCCGCUAUGUUAGCAUCGACAGCUAACAUUCAAACAAGUGGUUCUGAGUCUGUGACGUUUCACUGAGUCCCAAACUUCUUGUGACGUCACGUGACUUCGUUAAACACACGUUCGAGUCCGAACGGAACCGGAACCGCGAGCUGCGCUGCUCUCCGGGCGUAACAACAACUUUUCCUGACGUUAGCUUAGCUUAGCUGCGUUAGCCUCUGCGAGCCGAGAUUUGAACCUGUGAUGGAUUCACUGACACUUUGUCACCGAUAGACUCUGCCCAGCCUCCAUCUUCCCUCCACUCCACACCGAAGUCUCACUGCGGCCGAACCAUGUCCGGCUCCCCGGGCACAGGAGGCUCCAACCCCAGGAAGUUCAGCGAGAAGAUCGCUCUGCACAACCAGAAGCAGGCGGAGGAGACCCGGGCCUUCGACCAGCUGAUGACCGACCUGACAGUGUCCAGGGUGAAGUUUCAGAAAAUCCAGCAGCUACGUUUGUGCCAGCCGCGCGUUCAGUACUACGGAGGUUCUCUGCCCAACGUCAAUCAGAUCGGCAGCAGCAGCAAUGAGUUUCAGGGGGGUUUCCCUUCAGGACUGGACUCCACCAGAGGGACCCGGCACCAUGGGCUGGUCGAGAGGGUUCACAGGGGCCCCAACCGGAUCAACUCUCCCCACCGCCGACCCAUCGACAAGCACGGACGGCUGAUGGAGAGUUCUCCCUACGGCGCCGUGUACCUGUCCCCGCCUCCGGACAACAACUGGAGAAGGGAACAGCAGCCAUGGACUGAGGAAAAACGGCCUGGGUUUAGAUUAAUAUCACAACUCAACAGAACCAAUUCAGACUCGGCUCUCCACACGAGCGCCAUGAACCAGAACCCUCAGGACCCCUUCGGCCUCCACCAGCAGAUGGGUCGAGGUCCCCACCAGCGCAAUGCUGGUGUCAACGAGGCAGAGGUGGACGGCUCUGGAGAUAUCUUCUCCUUCCCGGCCCUGCAUAACGAGGAGAAUCUCAUCGGCGUCAACAAGCCUCUUCCCAAGCAGCUGUGGGAGGCCAAGAAGGUCCAGUCUCUGAACUCAAGACCUAAAUCCUGUGAAGUGCCUGGAAUCAACAUCUUCCCGUCUCCGGAGCAGAACCCGGGUCUGUCCCACUACCAGGGCUCGUUGAACACGGGCGGCUCGCUGCCCGACCUCAGCAACCUGCACUUCCCCUCCCCCCUCUCCACGCCGCUGGACCCCGAGGACAACGGCGGGUACCACAACCUCAGCGGCGGCAGCAGCACCGGGAACCUGCCCGCCGCCAUGAUGCACCUCGGCAUCGGGAACUCCCAGGGACUGUCCUCCUCUCUGAGCAACCCCUCCAUUCAAGCGUCCCUCAACAACUGCCAGCUCCAGUCCUCGCUCAGUAAUCCUUCCAUCAACUCGUCUCUGCGUCUCUCUGGCUCCUCCCCCCGGCGGCGGCCGGCGCCCAUCAGCCCCCUCACCUUGUCUCCGUGCACCGACCAGCGCCGGGGUCUGUCCAAGCAGCUGUCCCCCACCAUGUCCCCUUCGCUGUCCCCCAUCACACAGGGAGUUGCUCUGGACACCAGCCACAUGCCCAGGGAGCCGCCCCCCCCCUACCCGCUCUACCAGCCCCCGCAGCACGCCGGGGACCCGGGCCGCCAGCGGCAGCAACAUGGCGUCCCGCUGGACUUCAACACGGGACAUCAAAACAACAACAUGUCGUCGUUCUUCAACGACCCGUUCAUGGAGCCGCAGUUCAGAGGUCACAACAAGAGCUUCCCCUACCAGUUGGACCAGUUCAGUCUGCUGGAGAACGCCAUGAGCUCCACCGCCGGGGGGCCGUACUUCGACCCCUCCUCCUCCUCCUCGCUCUACUACUCGCAGGCCGCCCUCUCCGGGCUGGGGGGGAGCCACGGCAGCCUGCACGAGCCCCCCCGCUCCAACAUGCUGUACAGCACCUGCAGCGGGGGGCUGCCCAACAUCAUCCUGACCGAUGAUUCCACUCUGUCCAAGGACAUGAGCAGCGCCUUCUCCAUGUUGCCUGACUGCUUCGACUCGGAGGGAGGCUUCCCAUUGGAGGACGAGCUGCGCAUCGAGCCGCUCAGCCUGGACGGACUGAGCAUGCUCAGUGACCCCGACAUGGUGCUGCCGGACCCGUCGGUGGAGGACAGCUUCCGCAGCGACCGACUCUGAGUGUCUGCUCGUUUACACACAGACACACACACACACACACACACACACACACACACACACACACACACACACACACACGGAAGUUACAGAUCUGUUAUGCAUGACUCGGCCACUAAGAUUCAUUCAAUGUGAAAGACCUGAACGACUCCGAGUCGAGUCUCCUCCAAUCAGAGCGGCUCUGACCAGGGGGGGGAGGAGCUGAAAGUUUCGUCUGUUUCCUUUUCUCUCGUCACCGGCACACAGCCCCCUGAAGCCAUGGCAACCUCAUCGCCAUGGCUACGCAGCAUAGCAACCCCAUGGCCGUGCUGCAGAGCAGCAGAAACAGGAUUCACUUCUCUCCUGCGCUGUUCAGCAGGUGAAACAUCUGGCAGCUUACGUUCUUCUUCAGGUGAAAUCAAGUCCAGAUGUGUAAUGUAGAAAUGAAGACUAAAUGUUUUCCUUGAAAUGUUAGCCAUCUAUAAAUAGAUAUAAAUACUUCUAUACAUACAAAUAUAUAUAUUUAUAUAUAAAUAUAACAUUUCAGUCUAAUCAGAACGUUUUUUUAAAAAAAGGGCAAACAAAGAAGAGAUAUGAAUAAGUAAGUAAAGAUUAUUUUAAAUUUCUAAUUAGAAGAUACAAUUUUAAGAUGCAUUAAAUAGAUUCUAUAUUUUUGUGUGGAAGUUACAGACUUUAAAAUCCACUUUGAGAAAGGAACUUUUUUUUUGUUUAUAAAAAAUUCUUAUAUGUACAUUCAUAUGUUUUAUUUGAUAUUUUGUAUGAUGCUUUUAAAGCUUGUGAGUAAGGGCCUGCGCUGUCACACUUCUUGUUCUUUCCUCGUGCCACACGUGACUCGUUCACAGAGAACACUGCCCCCAUGUGGACAUCGGACAACAUGUAACAUUGCACUUAACAUCUUUUGCACUAAUUGGUUCACGUUGUGUUGACUAAUAUUUUAUACACCAGGUAAAAGUUUUGUUUACCUGAAAACCCAAAGAAGUCGACUGGAGCCGUGAAGAGAGAAAGUGAAAGUGUCCGACUCUUGACCCGGUCGCCAGCAGCAACAUUCAGAGUGGAGGUGAAACUCCAUGUUUUCUUCUGAGCUCAGUUUCCGGUGAUUAGGUAUCACCUGGGCCGUUUGGGGCAUUGAGCGCCCCCUAGUGUCGAUGCAGUCAGAGCGAAUCCGAUCGGAGGAAACGGAUGUGGAGCAACGUGAAUCUAUGCAACUUGUUUUUUAAUAAGAAGUGAAACCUGUUGAACGGGUCGGACAUUAUGCAGUGACGCGACUUUCAGGAUCAAAUUCAUUAUCAAUCACAAUAUUGCAUGUGUCCAGUGUCCACAGGAGCUGCUCUGCCACCUGCAGGUGGAGGAGAGUUACUGCAGCCCUGUCGGUUGGAGUGGUUUUACUCUGUAUUGUCAGCAGGUGGCGCUGUGCGACUGUGUGAACGGCUUCUCUCUCUGUGGUGACAUGAGAACAGGCCAUUUUUCUUUUUGUAUAUUUCCUCUUCAGUUUGAGCUGUUGAAACAUUUGAAUCUGUUGUGAUGGUUUCAUGUGUUUAUGAUCUUUGUGUUACCUGCAGUCUAACGCCCUCUGCUGCCUUAUUUUGUUCCGUGUCCACUUUUCAUAUUCCAGCAGUUACGACUAUAAUCACUUUAGCUUUAGCUCUGUUUGGUACUAACUUCCUGCCCACAGCUGUUUCCUGUCUGUUUUAGUUGCAUAUUAAAAUGUACAGUUCUGUUAUUUAAAGAUUGUUUUGUCCACUUGUGUUACUACUUAUUUUCUUUUAUAAUGUUAGUUUCUCUCUUCAAAUCAAACGUUUUUCUCAGUUUGUAUGUUCUAGUGAUUUUCUUUCUGAGUCAAUAGAAUAAAACUCUUUAAUGUGU